AUGGAGGAUGGUGUGACAGAAAUUGAGAGCUUACUAUUUCCAAAGAACAGUAGUCCAAGGGAAGAGAAAAACCAUAGGCAAGAGAGAGAUGAAAGUAAAGGCGGUGAAGAACAGAGGGCAAAUGGGCUCAUAGCCUACUUGAUCUCUGACUUGGACUCUGGACGAAGAGAAGAAGAAGAAAAUCAGAGAGAGAAGGCAAGUUCAGUCAGCGAUGGAAAAGAUGAGGAAACAGUAGGUGGGAUGAUAAAUAAUCUCAUCUCCAACUGGGUGGUCUUUCCUUCAAGCCCCGAAGUAGGAGAAUCAAAUAAAGGAAAAGUUGAUAUUGUUGUAGUUAAAGAGAAGGAAAAAAUUGACAGUGGGGGUUUCAAAUCAGAGAAUGAUGUGGGGGGUAGUGGUGGUGGAGGAGGGAUUAUCAGCGAUUUAACUGGGAAUGCUUUCCAUUAG